UUUUUUACUUAUCUUUUCUUCUCCACUCUCUCUAGAACUCAUAUUCCAUACUCCAUAGCCUCUCAGGGUCUCCAGCUUAAAAUCUAAACCCUAAGUUUCUUUCUUUUCUUCUCAUUUUCGUGGAACAUUAUUGAUGUUUUGAGCUGUUAUGGAUAUGACGACUCAUACAACAAUAACAUCUCCUCCUAAAUCACCUGAACCAGAACCCGAAACUCCGACCCGGAUCCAACCGGCCAAACCCAUUUCCUUCAGCAACGGCAUCAUCAAACGCCACCACCAUCCUACUCUCCUCUUUACUUACAAAGAAUGUCUCAAAAACCACGCCGCGGCUUUAGGUAGCCACGCGCUAGACGGUUGCGGCGAAUUCAUGCCGUCUCCGUCGUUAGUCUCCACCGAUCCAACUUCUCUCAAAUGCGCAGCUUGUGGUUGCCACCGUAACUUCCACCGCCGUGAACAAGGCAACGACUCCUCAAUCCCUCCGCCUCCUUCCUCAGUCGCCGCCACAAUUGAGUAUCAGCCUCACCACCGUCACCAUCCACCACCACCACAAUUACCUCCUCAUCCUCCUCCUCGCAGCCCUAACUCCUCUUCUCCGCCGCCGAUUUCCUCAUCUUACAUGCUCUUAUCUCUCUCCGGGACUAACAACAACAACUUAGCUUUCUCCGGAAACAACCACCACCACCAAACCGGAUCUCGUAAGCGGUUCCGAACGAAGUUCAGCCAGUUUCAGAAAGAGAAGAUGCACGAGUUCGCCGACCGAGUCGGGUGGAAGAUGCAGAAACGCGACGAAGACGAUGUCCGAGAAUUCUGCCGUCAGAUCGGAGUUGACAAAGGCGUUCUCAAAGUCUGGAUGCACAACAACAAAAACAACUUCAACCGCCGCGAUAUCCAAUUCUCCAUCGCCGCCGGAGCCACCGAGAUCCACAAAACAGAUAACGGCGGUGGAGGAAUCCUCGCUCCGAUUCCCGCCGGUGAAACUAACAAUAACGGAGGCAACGAGCUUCACCACAGUGUUAGUAACGGCGGAGGAGGGUUUGAUAGUGAUAGUGGUGGCGGUGGAGGAGCUCACGGCGGUAACGUAAACGGGUCGUCGUCGUCGUGAAGUAAAGAUCAGAGUCAGAUUCAAUAAAGAAGCUUAAGCUUUGUAGCUUUAGACUAAGCCACUCGUAUUAUCAUCGUUAAUUACUUCUAUUAAUCUUAAUUAAAAACCUUAAGCUGUGUUUGGUUUGUAGUUUAAUUUUUAGUUUUAAUUAAAUUUACUUUACCACGACGUUGUCUCGCUUGAUGAGGAAUAAUAGCAUUGCGAAU